AAUCGAGAAAGGAGAGGCGCCACUGGAGAAGCCAUUUUGCAUAUCCAAGCUCCAACCAUGGCGACGAGGCCGGCGCGGUUGUCUGCUCCCGCAGUGGCGGCUAUACUUGUCGCCGCCUUAGCCUUGUGCGCAGCCACGGCGUCGGCGGCGAACGUCACGACGACGACGGCGACGGCGCCGAGCGGCGGGUGCUACAGCCACCUGUUCACCUUCGGCAACUCGCUGAUCGACACCGGCAACUUCAUCCACUACUCCACCUCGCCGGGCCCCGUCGCCCGCUCCCCCUACGGCGAGACCUUCUUCCGCCGCCCCACCGGCCGCUGGUCCGACGGCCGCCUCAUCGUCGACUUCAUCGUGGAGAGGCUGGGGUUCCCGUACUGGACGCCGUACUUGGCCGGGAAGAGCAGGGAGGACUUCCGGUACGGCGCCAACUUCGCGGUGGCGAGCGGGACGGCGCUGAACCAGCUGCUGUUCAAGAAGAAGCACCUCAGCGUCGCCGGCAUCACGCCCUACUCCCUCGCCGUCCAGGUCGGCUGGUUCAAGAAGGUUCUUGCCAUGCUCGCCUCCACAGAACAAGAGCGGAAGGAGGCGAUGGCGAGGUCGGUGUUCAUGGUGGGCGAGUUCGGCGGCAACGACUACCUCCACCCGCUGUUCCAGAACAAGACGCUGGAGUGGGUGCGCCCGCUGGUGCCGCGCGUCGUCCGCUACAUCGCCGGCGCCGUCGAGGAGCUCGUCGGGCUCGGCGCCACCACCGUCUACGUCCCGGGCCUCUUCCCGCUCGGCUGCGUCCCGCGCCUCCUCUUCCUCUUCCGGGACGGCGGCGCCGGCGACCGCGACCCCGCCACGGGCUGCCUCCGGGGGCUCAACGACGGCCUCGCCGCCCUCCACAACGCGCUCCUCCGCCGCCGCCUCGCCGAGCUCCGCGCCGCGCACCCGGGCGUCACCAUCGCCUACGCCGACUACUACGGCGAGGUGAUGGAGCUCGUGUCGAACCCCGCGGCGAGCGGGUUCGACGACGCCCUGACCGCGUGCUGCGCCGGCGGCGGGCCGUACAACGGCAACUUCACCGUGCACUGCUCCGACCCCGGCGCGACGCAGUGCGCGGACCCGUCGCGGCGCAUCUCGUGGGACGGCCUGCACAUGACGGAGGCGGUGUACCGGAUCAUGGCGCGCGGCGUGCUCGACGGCCCGUUCGCCGACCCGCCCAUCAUGUCCAGAUGCCACGGCUACUAGCCUACUAGCUAGCUUAAGCCAGUUUGGGAUUUGCUCAUUUGUUAAUUUGCACGGACAAUUUUUUUUUUCGAAAAUUCGAUUUGUCGCCUGUUUGUUCGACUAUCUAAAGUCUUCAAACCAACUGGGAAAUGCAGCGCCCUCAGCGUUUUGCGCUGCCGUGGCCAUCACGGGGUCGCGACGCGUGGACGCGCGCUGGAGAGCGGAUGGAUUUCACGGCCUUUCAUGCGUCCGCGUCGCCUCUGCAAAUUUUACAGAAAAGCCCUCUCUUUUAUAGAUAUUUUGUUAUACGUCCUCUCUGUUCUUUUCUCGGUUUAAAAUAUUGCGUUUAGGCCCUUUGCAUCCUACGAAAUUCAAUACAAAGGAGACAAAAAGAGGAAAAAAGGACUGCGCCCUGAAUCCUAGAAACUGAAGGGCAUUUUCGCAAAAUUUCCUUUUCUUUCUCUCUCUCUCUCCCCUUCGCGAGAAUCCCAGGCGCGUAAAAAAAAAAGGAAAAAACUCCCAGCCGCCAUGCCCCUCUCAUCUCUCUCGCUCUCUCCUGCGCGGCGCCUGGAUUUGGCUUGGCCGUGGCCGCCGCUGGGUGUCCUCCCAGUGCCGUGGCCGCCGCCGGGUGUCCUCCCUACGUUGCUGCCAUUCUCCGCUCGAAGGGGAUCGAUGUUGUGGAUGGGUGGUGUCCUCGCAGCGCCCUCACUGCCGGUGCUCUCCUUGCUACGCCGCCGCUGACGCAGACUCGAAGGGGAGGCUGUGGGUGUUGGAUGCGGCAGCCGCGAUUUCUUUGCCAGCGGAUCCGGUGGCUCAUCAAUGGCGUCCACACCAGCGGUUUUUCCUCAGUGGACAUUCAGGGUUGUCGGGUGUGUUGAGCUCGGUGGUGGCGGCAGUAGCAGCUUGGCGGCGAUGGGAGAAUUUACAUGCAGGAGCCCAAAGCAUUGAUGUUUUCUGCUCUUCCCCACCACGGUUUGCCGCUGCCAUGGAUGCUGUUGACUCCUCACAUGUCAACCACGACUAGGAUCCUGAGGGCCGGAUUUGCACGGGCUGAAUCGAUGCUUCAAGGGUUCUUGAUUGAUUUUGCCAGCGAAUGUUGGGGCUGCUGGUUCAAUCAGGCAGCUCUGGUCAACUUUAUUGGUGACUAUCCUUUCCUAGACUUUCUUCUAUUUCUUGGUCGAGGUCUUUGUCUUUUGUGGGUAUCUGUCUUGCGUGGCAUUUUCUUGGUUACGUUGCUUCUGCCGCGUUGUCAACUCACUGGGUGCUGUUUCGUAUAAGGGCAGUUUUGCUGUUAUGUAAGUGAUAUAUUAGUGCUGCAGUUGUUAAACUGUUGAAGCGGCUUGAUAGUUCUGCAAAUUGGGCUUCCAAUGGUAUACGUGCUUAUUUCAGACCUUAUGUAUGGGGACACUAAUAAACAGUUCAAGGCAAGAGUAUCUAGGCAAUGGGACUACCAUGAUCUGAAUGAUGAAACAAAAAUCUUCCACACUGAUCUUGUCUUGCUGGAUGAAAAGGGCAAUAGCAUCCAUGUUCAAAUCUAUCCACCUGCCAUGAUUAAGCUUAGGACUCUUCUACAGGAAGGGAAGGUUUACUACUUUGACUCCUUCUCUGUCAGAUAUGCAAACUGAACAUAUAGGCCAGUUACGAACCCUUUGAUGAUCUCAUUCACUAAAUGGACAACCUUAGAAGAAUGCAUUGAUGCUUCUGAUGAUUUCCCUGCCAUAACUUUUUCAUUGACACCUUUUCAAGACGUCCCGUCUCUUGUGGACAAAAAUGCUUUCUAUGUUGAUAUUAUGGGUGUCAUAACUGAAAUUGGUGCAACAGACACUCUACGCCCAAAAUCAAGAAACACAGAAACUUUGAAAAGAACAAUGCAGAUUUGGGAUGCAAGCAAUUCUACACUGCCUAUCACACUAUGGGGAAAUACUGCAGCUGCAUUCAAUGCAGAAGAAUUAUACAAUGCUGGUCAAAAGAAACCUCAGGUUAUUGUUUUUGUUGGAACAGUUGUCAAGAACUACAAAGGGAUAGGACUAACUUUAAAUGGAAGUUCACCAUGCAAAUGGUAGAUUAACCUUGAUAUGCCUGAAGUGCUUGAGUUAAAAGAAAGCUUUAGCGCAAACUUUCAACCUAUCAAGUGGGUUGAACUGCUACCACAGGGUUUAACCAGGAUAUUCCAGAAGAAAAAACCAUAGCACAAAUCCUUGCUCUCAACCCACACAAACAUGCGCGAGCACGUUUUAUAGUCAGAGUGACUAUUAAAGGCAUAUCAAGCAACAGCUCCUGGUGGUAUUAUUCAUGUGACAUAUGCUACAAGACCUCAAAACCAUAUGGUUCCACCUAUAAAUGCACCAGCUGCUCCAAUGUAGGCAUACCAGUGCCAAGAUACAAGGUUGUGUUGAUCGCUGCUGAUGAUACUGCUCAAGCUACAUUUAUCCUCUUUGGGAGAAUAGCACAACGCCUCGUACGCAAACCGGUUGAGACUCUCAUUGACCAAAAUCCACCUGACAGUGAAUAUAUUCCAGAUGAGAUUGUAGCUCUUUUCAACCAAACCUUUAUCUGGAACAUCAGCUUCACACAAGAUACUAUUAUGAAAAAUCAAGAAACCUUACAGGUUAACAACAUUAUCUCAUCCAAUGCUGAAGUGCAGGGCCUACUGCCUAUCUCACCAAGCAGUUCACAACAGACAUUAGCUAUUAUGCCAGCAGACUCAAGCAGCUCUCUCCAACUAGCACCAGCAACAAGUGAAGGCAGUACAGGAUCAAAGAUAGAAGCACAAACGACAGAAAGUAUGUUACCAAUGGAUAGUCCAUCGACACCAACAAGGUAUACUAUCAGUUCUGCUUCAGAUCAGACACCAACUAGCAAAGCUAAUGCACCAGCACCAAGCAAGAAAAGCUAUGUCCUAUCAGUCUCUCCCAAGCCAGCUCAAGAUAAACAGAUCUCAUUCUCACAUGAUCCUAAGGCAACAACUGAGACAAAAAUUAAGGGAGAACCUCCGCAGAUUGCAUCGUCUGUUGAGCUAUCUUCUGCUACUCAGGACAAGGCAAAGGCACUAGCAAUAGCAGCAGAAGAUACUCCAUCAGCAUCCCCAUCACCGCCUACCAAAAACAUUCCCCCAAAAAGGCCUGCAGCCUCAGCCUCAGCCUCAGCUGCUAAGAAACUAUUUAAAGAUGACAGUCAGCAGAAACAUAAGAAAAGCGGAUGAAGAAGGAAACAACAUGCAGCACAUUACUGUCCCUUUUGGUUAUAUGUCCAGGAUGUCACCAGUAUGCACACCCACCCUUAGAAGCAACGCCAUUUGUUUAGAACCUCUGCAUUAUGGCCACUAAUGUAAAUAGCUGCUGUCAUAUAUAUGGCGUUUGCUUCGUAGAAUCCUUUUGCUUUACAUGAAACUGCAAUCCAGACUAUGACCAAGCACUUAUGGUUGGAAUCCUAUAACUCUUAAUUAUUAUUACUCUGGAUGUCUACUGCUUUGCUAUGCUCCUUAUUUUCAGGGUAAAGAUAUGGCAUAAAAAUAUGCAUGAGAUAGCUCUCAGCCAACUGUUGUUGCUAA